CAUGUCAGCUUUGAUGAGGAGUCUGUGAGGCAAAAUAAGAACCCUCUCUACUACUCUUCCUCAUGUGUUUAUCAUGAAUUUUGAAUUUCAAUUUUUGCAGAACUCCAGAACUUGAAGAUACACAGGACUAUGAAAGAUACCUAAGACUUAAAAAGAUUACAAAGAAACAUACAAUUUUUGUUUGCAACUACUCUUUCCUCUGAAGAAUACCAGUUGGAAUAAAAAAAAAGCAGAAUGAAUUAUUGCUUCCUGCUACCUUUAAUGUUGGGAAUUCCUCUCAUGUGGCCUUGCUUUACAGCGACAGAAAGCUCUAAAACAGAAGAAGUUAAGCACCAAGCGGGUUCUCAUUUAAGAGUGAAGCGUGGUUGGAUGUGGAACCAGUUUUUUGUACCAGAGGAAAUGAAUAAGACUGAUUAUCACAUUGGUCAGCUAAGAUCUGAUCUAGACAAUGGAAACAACUCUUUCCAGUACAAGCUUUUGGGAGCUGGAGCUGGAAGUAUUUUUGUCAUUGAUGAGAGAACAGGUGACAUAUAUGCCAUCCAGAAGCUUGAUAGAGAGGAACGAUCCCUCUACACUCUAAGAGCCCAGGUAAUAGACAGCACUACUGGAAGGGCUGUGGAACCUGAGUCUGAGUUUGUCAUCAGAGUUUCGGAUAUCAAUGACAAUGAACCAAAAUUCCUAGAUGAACCUUAUGAGGCCAUUGUACCAGAGAUGUCUCCAGAAGGAACAUUAGUCAUCCAGGUGACAGCAACAGAUGCUGAUGAUCCCGCCAGUGGUAAUAAUGCUCGUCUCCUGUACAGUUUACUACAAGGCCAACCAUAUUUCUCCAUUGAACCAACAACAGGAGUCAUAAGAAUAUCUUCUAAAAUGGAUAGAGAAUUGCAAGAUGAGUAUUGGGUAAUUAUUCAAGCCAAAGAUAUGAUUGGUCUGCCUGGAGCUCUGUCUGGAACAACAAGUGUAUUAAUUAAACUUUCUGAUGUUAACGACAAUAAACCUAUAUUUAAGGAAAGGUUAUACCGCCUAACUGUUUCUGAAUCUGCACCCACUGGGACUUCAAUAGGAAGAAUCAUGGCAUAUGAUAAUGACAUUGGAGAGAAUGCAGAAAUGGAUUACAGCAUUGAAGAUGAUUCACAGACAUUUGACAUAAUAACUAAUAACGAGACACAAGAAGGAAUAGUUAUAUUAAAAAAGAAAGUGGAUUUUGAGCACCAGAACCACUAUCUUAUCAGAGCAAAUGUUAAAAACCGCCAUGUUGCUGAGCACCUUAUGGAAUACCAUGUUGAAGCUUCCACCACCUUUGUAAGGGUCCAGGUAGAGGAUGAGGAUGAGCCUCCUGUUUUCCUCCUCCCAUAUUACCUAUUUGAAAUCUUGGAAGAAAGCCCACAUGGGUCAUUUGUAGGCAUGGUCUCUGCCACAGAUCCAGAUCAGAGGAAAUCUCCCAUCAGGUAUUCUAUUAACAGAAGCAAAGUGUUCAGUAUUGAUGACAAUGGUACAAUCAUCACAACUAACCCUCUUGAUCGAGAGAUUAGUGCUUGGUACAACCUAAGUAUUACAGCCACAGAAAAAUACAACGUGCAACAAAUUUCUGCUGUUCCUGUAUAUGUGCAAGUUCUUAACAUUAAUGAUCAUGCUCCUGAGUUCUCUGAAUACUAUGACACAUAUGUUUGUGAAAAUGCAGGCUCUGGUCAGGUGAUUCAGACCAUCAGUGCAGUGGAUAGAGAUGAAUCUGUAGAAGAUCAUCAUUUUUACUUUAAUUUAUCUGUGGAAGACACAAAGAACUCAAGUUUCAUAAUUAUAGAUAAUGAAGAUAACACAGCUGUAAUUUUGACUAAUAGAACUGGUUUUAGCCUUCAAGAAGAGCCUGUCUUCUACAUAUCUGUCCUAAUUGCGGACAAUGGAAUCCCAUCACUUACAAGCACAAACACCCUUACCAUACACAUUUGUGACUGUGAUGACUAUGGCAGUACACAGACCUGCAGGGACAAGGACAUUUUGCUUUCCAUGGGAUUCAGAACAGAAGUCAUACUUGCAAUUUUGAUAAGCAUUAUGAUAAUAUUUGGGUUUAUUUUUUUGAUCCUGGGUCUGAAACAGCGAAGGAAGCCAACUCUAUUUCCUGAGAAAGGUGAAGAUUUCCGAGAGAAUAUAUUCAGAUACGAUGAUGAAGGGGGAGGAGAAGAAGAUACAGAGGCCUUUGAUAUUGUCCAGCUGAGGAGUAGCACCAUCAUGCGGGAACGCAAGACACGGAAAACUGCUGCAGCAGAGAUCAGGAGCCUGUACAGGCAAUCUUUGCAGGUUGGCCCAGACAGUGCCAUCUUCCGGAAAUUCAUUCUAGAGAAGCUGGAAGAAGCUAAUACUGAUCCUUGUGCCCCUCCUUUUGACUCCCUCCAAACCUACGCUUUUGAGGGAACAGGGUCAUUAGCUGGAUCCCUGAGCUCCUUAGGAUCCGCAGUCUCUGAUCAGGAUGAAAAUUAUGAUUACCUUAAUGAAUUGGGACCUCGCUUCAAAAGAUUAGCAUGCAUGUUCGGUUCUGCUAUGCAGUCAAAUAAUUAGGGCUUUUUUAUUAGUAAAAUUUUAAAAAAUGUUAAUAUGUUUGGGCAAACUGGUAGUCUCUUGGUAAAGAGUUGUGUACUCCAGUUCUUGGGGUGGGGGGGAGGUGGAUUAUAGCAUCUUCUGAUUUCCUUGAAGUAAAUGCCCUUUGUUUAUUGCAAGCUACCCACAUGUUGUCCCUGAGCGCAGGCGUGGAAGGAUGCUAACAACCAGCUCUCCUGUGCCAGUGCAGGCCAACUCUGACAUGUAGCAAAUAGUCAUCUAGCACUUUUUUCGCUACCAUCCAAUACAAAUUCUCUGAAUUUUUUAAUUUUUCGUGUGAGAAAGGCCCUGAACUAGAUCAACUUAAUAUUAUUUCAUUUAGCCAUUUAAAAAAAAAUCUUACAAAGUGAGAGGAAAGUGUUUAUGUGUUUUAAGUUCCUGAUACUAUAUGGAGAUACACAUCUAGGAAAAUCUGGGUGAUUCUAUAAAACUUUUAAAAGCUGUUUUUUAAUGAAUAAGCAAGUUUCUGAUUCAGAUUCUAUGAUUCAUAGUCUUUUGAUAUUUUAAAAUCAUUGUCAAGACCAUACUUGAAAACUGAUUUCAAAUUUAGAUAGAUACUUGGUAUGUGUUAAUUAAUCAAAGAUACAGUGUAGAUUUGUAUUGUCUUUGAUGUUACAGAUUUGUAUAAAAAAGGAGUAUGAAAAUGUG